UUUCAAUAAAACCCCCAUCAAUGUUUUGCUUAUUUCGCUGUUGAUUGUUUGUUUACAAGUUUUCGAGUGUUUACUGUGCGAAAUGUUCUUCCUUUAUCAAAAAAGCCUGUGUUAUUUGCAGUCAAUCGUUUGGAGUUUUUUAAAAUUUUAAUAAAGUGCUAUCCAUCCUCGGAGAUAAUUAACUAUAACGAUACACAUCGUCUUUCGAUAGAACGAUCAGAGAAACUUAUUGGGCAAGAUGACUUAACAAGGAAUUAUCCGUGGCAUACUUUAGCACCCAGCUGACCAGGGACAAAAUAAAAAGUCUGAUUUGGACAUCUCCAUAAUGAACUGGCUGUUUUAUUCAUGGACGUGAACGGAUAAAUUAUAACAUAGUUGGAAUUUUUAUGUAAAGAGAAAAUAUGAAGAAUGCCAAGAAGUUUCUGCUUUGUUUGUUGGUUCGGCUAAAGUUUGUUGUCGCAAUAGUUGAUCCAUGUGCUUUUUCCGGACAAUUUGAAUACGACUUUUUCAUAGCAGGAAUACCAGAAAACCAACCAGUGGGGUCCAUAAUAGGAAUACUGCCUCUUACCGGAGGCCAGGAUGAGGUCAGUCUGACCCAGACCUCGAAUCCUUACCUUCAUCUUGACGUAGAUUCCCGAAACAUAUCUCUCAUAAAGGAGCUUGACACGGACAAAGACGAUAAUGGCGCCAAAUUGAUGUCCGAUGUUAUCCUACAAGUCAUCUGUGUACCGAAGGGUACCACGAGAAAAAGUUCACUUACAGUCAGAGUUCUGAUAGAAGACGUCAAUGAACACAGACCAACAUUUCCCAAAAAUCACUACAUCAUAGAUUUACCAGAGGACACCCCAGUAGAAACUGUUGUGUUUAAUCAGGUCAGAGUGACAGAUAAGGAUGGAUCGGGCUCGGGAAAUGAUCUUAUCCAUUUCAGCAUACUCCCUGGUUCCUAUUCGGAGUAUUUUGAUAUACAUAUCUUGAGAACUGAGGUCACGUUGAAAAAACAGCUCGAUUAUGAGACAGUACAUUCCAUGACAAUAGAAAUAGAGGCGAAGGAUAAUCCACAAAAAGGUGAACCUCUCAGCUCUAAAGCCGUCCUCACUUUUAACAUACUGGAUGUAGAUGACCUCAAUCCGACCUUCACACAUGACACCUAUUCUGUUAGAAUGGACGCAGACACUCUCCCUGGUAGCUUAGUUCCAGUAAUGCCUCCUAUUAGAGCCUACGAUGGAGACAGUUUGAACGCUUCCUUAAAAUAUGAACUUGUUGAUCCGCAGAACCGCUUUGUUAUAGACACCACGACUGCCGAUGUAAGCGUCAAUGCUAAACUAUCGGACGGGAAAUCAACUCUAGUUUUAAAGGCAACACAAAGAGAUAAUCCUAUAAGACAGGGCAUAGCAUUGCUACAGCUUACCAUCAUCGGUCAAGGUAACAGUUUGGGACCUUCUUUUGCCCAGCCUCGUUAUCAUGCUAGUGUAUCUGAAAACGAGGCUGUAGGAACAACUGUAAUCACUAUCACGGUUACAGACCACAAUCAGUGGACGUCGUUACGUUACUCCAUUGGAAUACAGGCAACACACUUCACUGUCAAUAAUAAUGGUGAUAUCAUACUUAAAAAGAAAGUUGAUUAUGAAGAACAAAGCCAGUUUGUCUUCAAUUUAACGGCUGCGGAUGAGUUCUAUUCGGCUUGGACAACAAUAACAAUUACGGUAACCAAUGUCAACGAUAAUGGACCACAAAUAUCGGAAAGGGAGAUAACCGUGAAUGCUGAGAGGGUAAAAGGAUCUCAGAUAACCAUUAUAAAGGCCGUGGACAAAGAUCCAAACACAUCACUGACGUUUUCAGUCGUAACCCAUAAAAGCCUGUUUGCUGUAUCACAGGAAGGGGUCGUUUCACUUACAGGAAGUGAGAAUGACUAUGUAAGGGAUGAAUACGUCGUUGUGAUAAGUGUCAAAGAUAACGGAUCUCCCCAGCUUGAAUCUGUUGCCGUGGUAACAGUCGCCUUUCCAGCUAGAGUUAUAAAGGAUACCAGAGCUCUGGACAUGGCCUCUAGCAAUGAUCUCGUUGCGAUAAUUUUAGGAAUUGUAGCAGCCAUACUUCUAUUUGUCAUAAUAUUUCUUAUCAUAUACAUCAUCCGCAGACGACAGUUUGUAGAGGAACAACUUGACCGAGCAAAAAUACGACAAGGCAUGGAUCCUCGGGGGUUAACAUAUCAGCGAGGGGAUCCAUCCCCGGACCCGUCUUCUAAAAUAGACAUUAAUUUUGACGGUGAUUUAGAGGAGGCCUCUGAUAUAGACAGUCAUACUACAAUACAACAAAAUCCUCUAAAUUUUAGACUUCCUGCCGCUCGUCAGAACGGCGAAAUACAGAUAGAGACUGCUGUCAUCCCGUAUGAUGACAAUUUUGAAUAUCAGAAUCAUAUGAGAACUUUCCACGUGGAGGAAAUCAGUAGUAACAGUGACACUAGUGAUAGCACUGGCGACAGUCAUAAGGUGUUAAUGGAAAAACACAAAAGGAGUCUGAGAGUAAAUGCAAAUUCAUUAUCGUGGGCGGGGUCAAAUCCGCCAUCUUCAACAUUUGGAUCAGAUAUCAUAGUCCCGGAGGAACAGGUCACAAAAGAGAAGCCAGAAAUUACUGUUUAUUUCUGACACGCCUUGUGCAAUAUAUCAUAUAAUUAACAAUUCAGAUGGCAAUGGCAACAUAUUGCUGAUAUUUGCUGGGAACACUGCAUCUGAUUAUCAAAUAGUUUUAUUAUUGAAAAUCAUGUAAUACUUCGUGGAAUAUUCAUAAAAUAUCAAAAAUAUGUUAGAAAUAAAAAAGAAUAUACAUGAAA